CGCUGACUUGUUUUAAUAAACAUAUUGCUCCUCUCAGUUCCUGCGUGUUUUCUUUUACCGUCUUCUGACUGAGUUGAACUCUUUGGUGAAAAUCAAAUAAAACCAACAAAGCAUCUCAGAUUUCUCUGAUCAAAACUCAACACGUCUGCUGUUUAAACUGAAGUUGUUGUGGUUACCUGAAAAAUCGCCACACAAGAAGGCAAUUGACUAUUUGUACACACCACAAGGGUGUCCUGGGAUGGAGCAAAAGGUGGAAUCUCAUCCCUCUAAUGAGAGCACAUAAGAGAUCUUUUAGCAUAAUGCAUUUCAGUAGAAAACCGCCACCGACUUCAGCUUCAAAAUGUCGACGGAGUUUGUGAACUUGUACGUCAACAGAUUUUUGAUUUUGUACCUUGGACCUUUUUCCACAGCAGAACAUGUGGACUCGUAGGAAAAGCACAGGUGUUACUGACAGCAUUAUGACAGCGUGUCCCACCAGGCCGUGACACUGCGACCCUGGAAACGAAGCAGCUCAAUGCAGUUCGGCCACUAUGACAUUUAUCUUUAAUUAUUUACACCUGCGAGCUCAUGACUGGUCAAAAUGCCUUCAGUGAAAACAGCCUACGUUCUGAUAUGGGAGUUCUGAUAGAGAGUCCAUUGCAUGUGAGGGCUCCAGAGAGCCCAGCGGUGUCUCUCAGGAUGGUACCAAGACAAAGAGAAGCAAGAGGAAGGGCAGCCAUGACAGACAGGAACCCGGCGAGAGGAGGAGGGUCAGCAGCCACGGCUCUGCACGGGGUCAGAGGUCACGGAAGAAACUCUCGCAGGGCAUCAGUCGCAGCAACGUGGAUGUUACCUGUGCUACGACAGCACUGCUAGCAUGGAUAAAACUGAGAGAAAGCAACAACCACAAAGGAUUUUAGGUCAACAGUUCAGGUUCAGGAAGUGACAGCACAACUCAGGGCUCAAAUAAUGCAGCCCUGCCACACAGCCAAUGGAUUCACGAGGAGAUCCAAAAGGUUCGUCUGGCAGCGAGAGAACUUCAUGUUCACGCAGAGUCAUCAGGAGGCUCGAGGUUCAGGGAGGCUACAGUCACUGCUUGGCACAUGACUUACAGAGCGCACCACUGUUUUCUGUAAGCCAUAAAAAGGAAAUGAUGUCACUAAACAUCCUGGGAGGACUCUCAUAACUGACCUGAGGACAGCUGCAAUUAGGCUAAUCCUCAUGUUGUUGUUUCAGCGCUGGGAUUAAUUUGUGAGUGUUAUGUAUGUGCACACGUGAAAACAGCACAGGGUUCACACCGGUUGAGUUUACCCUCAGUCAACAAUCUAAACAAAAGGUACGACGGAUGGCGUGUGAAUCGGGAGCAGUAAUCAGUCCAGAAAGAGCGAGGAGGAUGAGAAGGGACGAGAGGGCGUGCUCGAACACUCUGCUAAUCCAGAAUGAUCCUGUGAGUCAGCCUUAGUCCUGGCCAGAGCCACAUUAAUCUACGAGCACCUCGCCGUCUGGGGGUCGGCGGGGAUAUAAACACAGGCAGAGCGGCCCGAAACCAGCUUCUGGAUCUUUUACAAAAGCCAAAACUUAAAUUUCAGCUUCUGCUCCUCCUGGAUUUUUCAUUUUAGCGGAACACAUGGCGCUCCUGAGGUCAGGCUGGCUGUGGAGACAGACUUCCGUCCUAAAACGUUGGAAGUUAAACUGGUGCGACCUUUGGAUAGACGGGAGUCUUUGCUUCUACAAGACUGACAGCAGGCGAGAGCUGGAGCACCGCGUCAGCCUCAAGAUAGCCUGCGUGGAUGUGAGAUCUGGUCUGGAAUGUGGAGGUAUGACUCCCCCAGAGAAUAAUCCCAGGGAGAACCGCGUCAUGGUUGUGCUCAAAGAUGGCUCAACAGUCAACCUGUGUGCCAACAGUGAGGAUGAAUCCAUAGCGUGGAAACUGACUCUGCUAGAGACCAGGAGGAACCCGGUGUUCACAUACGACCCGUACGACGACGCGUACCAAGCAGUCCCCAUCAACAGCUACCAGACGGUCUACAUCACGCCUGGAGCAGGACCGGGGACCCACCAGGUGGUUGUUCAGAGGGACCCAUUUGACGGAGUGGUGGAGACGGUAGCACUGGGAUUGCUGGCAGGAAUGGCAGCAGGAACAGCCAUGCGAUCCUUCCUCUGGAUGCCCCUCUUCUUCUGCUGAGGCGACAUGACAAGCCUACACACCGCCUGUCUGUGUGUCUGUCAGCUCCCACGGACCGUGAACCUGACAUCAGCAUGUGUAGAAAGGCUCUGUCCCUCCCACAAACCCUCACCUUUUCUAUCACGUCUCUUCAAAUCUGCUGUGACAAACAGCCAAACUUCUGCUUGUUCAGUUUUUGUCUUGUGUGCACUUUUGCAUAUCAGACUCAAGAAGCUGAAAAGGAUUCUUCGUAACUGUGUGUUCUUCAUACUGAAUCUACCAACAGGAAGUCAGUUUUGUAUGUGAAUCUUAUUUUAUCUGCUGCCUGAAUUUUACACUUUACAAGCUUAAUACACAUGUAGCCUGUACUAGGAACUAAACUGAAGUAUUAAAAUAUAAUUAGUAAUGGUGAUUUCAAAUCUUUUUUGACUGCAUACAACAAGCAAAUCCUUAAUGGGUUUUUCUGUAGUUUGAUAAAGCACGUUGAUGAAUUAGCUUUCAGCCACUUUGCGAGGUCUUCGGCAGUGGAUGGAGUUCGCCGAGUUGUUACAGAGAUGGAUCUCUUGACACCAGUUCUGAGCCUUAGCUUCUUCUUCAUCCGCUCAUAAGGCUGAAAGCUCGGGCAGAGGAGAGUAAACUGACCCUGAGCUGUGAUCGUUCGGCAGCGUCAAGAAUGAACUUUUAAUUGUAAACACAGACGAAUGGCCGCAAAAAAACGGUUUGGAUGAACUGAGCCGUCAACAGAUCCACAUCCACUUGCUUCAUUCACUGGUGUCGAAAAA